CAGGGCAAUGGAAGGCAACAUCUCUGCAGUUGCUGGGAGGGGCGGGCCAGUCUGCCAGAUAGAAGAUGAGAUAAGGAGGGAGCAGAGCCUCUGAAUCAGCAUAGCAUUGCUCGCAAGGGCACACAGACACGGCUUGUCUCACAGCAUCACUAACGCCACAUUUGUGUGAGGGAAAGACAGCGAUUCAUUUGGCAUGGCAACCCCUUCACCAUAAACCCCGCUUUAUCGAUCCCACCCUCAUCCUCGCAAGGGGAGAAGCUUCUUUCUCAUCUGGGGGCUCGCUGUCUGGAGAAAGGGGGGCAGUGACAGCUGGAGGGGGUGACAGGGAGCACGUACUCCCCCCGCACCAGGAGUGGUGUCGCCUGCUGGAUUCCCUAUUUACAAGAGGAGCGGGUUUUGGGUGUCUGCCAUGGACUGGGGUGUCUCUGACUUUGCGGGUACGGAGGAUGCAACUACUGAAGAUAGGAGCGCUCCUAUGUGAUGCACACAGGAGAUAAGGCCUUGCAGACCCUCUUCUUUUGUUCCUCUGUUGGAAUUAUCUGUGUGAAAUUGCACCUGACAGAGUGCAUGAUUGGCUGCCGAGGAAAAAGAAUUCAUCAACUUUGUUUGCCAAUCGACUUUCCUCUGUCAGACUCAUUAAGGUGAGUCCAGGAUCCAGUAUGAUUCUCCAACUGCCGUCCUGUCUGUGUCCCAUCCUUCUGAUUGUUGUUGGCUCCAUUUUGUCUGGCUCGGCAUCAGGUUGUCCCCAGCGCUGUGAUUGCUCUCCUCAGGACCGAUCUGUGCUUUGCCACCGCAAACGUUAUCUUGAUGUCCCUGAGGGCAUUCCCACAGACACACGAUUGUUGGACCUCAGCAAGAACCGUAUCAAAACUCUCAACCAGGAUGAGUUCUCUGCCUUCCCAUAUCUAGAGGAGCUGGAGCUCAAUGAGAACAUUGUGAGCAUAAUUGAACCAGGAGCAUUCAAUGGUCUAUUUAAUCUGCGGUCACUGGGACUGAGAAGUAAUCGUCUCAAGCUAAUCCCUCUAGGUGUUUUCACAGGGCUUAGUAACCUAACCCAAUUGGACAUCAGCGAGAAUAAAAUUGUUAUACUGUUAGAUGAUAUGUUCCAGGACCUUUACAACCUCAAGUCUCUUGAAGUUGGUGAUAAUGAUCUGGUUUAUAUCUCCCACCGUGCCUUUCGCGGUCUUAAUAGCUUGGAAGAGUUGACAUUAGAGAAGUGCAAUCUCACCUCGGUGCCCACAGAGGCACUUUCCCACCUUCAUGGCAUCAUCACCCUGAAACUUCGAUAUCUCAACAUCAAUGUUAUCAGAGAUUACUCUUUCAAAAGACUGUACCGGUUAAAAAGCCUGGAGAUAGCACACUGGCCAUAUCUGGACACCAUGACAUCCAAUAGCCUUUAUGGACUGAACUUAACUUCUCUUUCAAUUACACACAGCAAUCUUAGUUCUAUACCUUAUGUCUCUAUUCGUCAUCUUGUUUAUCUCCGUUUCCUUAACCUCUCCUUCAACCCUAUUACAGCUGUGGAGGGUUCCAUGUUGUAUGAGUUGCUAAGAUUACAGGAGUUUCACCUUGAAGGUGGUCAACUGUCUGUAGUGGAACCGUAUGCUUUCCGUGGUCUCAACCACCUGAAGGUGCUCAAUGUCUCGUCUAACAAUCUCAAUACACUAGAAGAAUCCUCUUUUCAUUCUGUGGGUAACCUGGAAACACUCAUACUGGACAAAAAUCCCUUGGCAUGUGACUGCCGUCUUUUGUGGAUCUUUCGACGACGCUGGAGACUUAACUUUAGCCGACAGCAGCCCUCCUGUUCCAGCCCAGAGUAUGUACAAGGGAAGGAGUUCAAGGAUUUCCCUGAUGUCCUUCAGCCCAACUAUUUCACAUGCCGGCGUGCUCGCAUUCAGGACCACACUGCACAAGUAGUAUAUGUGGAUGAGGGUCACACUGUACAUUUUUUCUGCCGAGCAGAUGGAGACCCUCCACCAACCAUUUUGUGGCAGUCUCCACGCAAGACAUUUAUCACCAGCAAAAGUAAUGGGCGUCUGACUGUGUUUCCAGAUGGCACAUUGGAGGUGCGCUAUGCUCAGGUACAAGAUAAUGGGACUUAUCACUGUAUAGCAAGCAAUGCAGGAGGCAAUGACACCUCCUUGGCCCAUCUUCAUGUGCGAAGCUACUCUCCUAACUGGCCUCUCAAACCCAACAAAACCUUUGCUUUUAUGUCCAAUCAACCAAAUGAGAGUGAUGUGAACAGCACCAGAACAAGUGUCCCCUUCCCAUUUGAUAUAAAGACUUUAAUUAUUGCCACAACUAUGGGUUUCAUCUCUUUCCUGGGUGUAGUCCUCUUUUGCUUGGUCUUGCUUUUCUUAUGGAGCAGGGGUAAGGGCAACACCAAACACAACAUUGAGAUAGAGUAUGUACCGCGAAAGUCUGAUGCUGGACUCUCCUCAGCAGAUGCCCCUCGUAAAUUCAACAUGAAGAUGAUCUGAUGCUGAGAAUCAUUGGGGGAAGUGGGAGACAGGGUAAUAAGGGCAGGUAGUAGAAUGCACGGGACUUGUUCUUGCCCCAUCUCUUUUGCUUAACCUUCUGAGGACAAGCUAUAUGACUUCCUGAAGGAUGGAGCAUUAGUGACAGGGAUUCCUCGAGCUGUUCUUGUUGGCCUGCAGCAGUUGCCAGUUUUGCGAAUGACCUUUGCACUUUUAACCAUGUGAAUAUGAUCCCCAAACGUAUCCAUAUUUCAGAGUGCCCACCUGUUACCCAACCACACACCCUACUGCUGAUACUGGGGCAGGAGGGUGCAAUAAAUAAAGAGUAUAAGGCAGUGGAAAGACUUUUAACUGUCUGUCUGGAAUAGUAAGUUGAAAUAUAGGGGAAUUGGGAGGGCAAAAUUUACUCCAGUACUGAACUUUGACCUCUGUAUCUUCUCCUGAUUUCAAUACCUGUGAUUUUUAUGGAAAAAAAGAAAGAAAUAUUAUUGAAAAAAAUAAAGAAAAACUGGAAAAUGCCAAAAGACAUGA